ACUCAGGUAACAGAGACAGUCAAUGUAGAAGCUGACUUUUUAUGGGACAUAGCUGUGGAGUUGGGAACUAUCCAUUUAGGAUACAAAGGGGGCACCAGUAAACUGAGUACAGGCACCAAAAGGAUAGGUAGAUCUCCAGUUACUAUGGCAGAGAAGAAUGCAGAUAUUGAGCCAGUGCUGGAUGUACAGAAGGCCAGUUUUCUAGGCACACCUUGCUGCAGAUGGACUGUGGGCUUUCUACUUCUCGGAAGCCUUACCAUCAGCAUCACAGCAGCAUUAUUAAUAAUGUAUUUAACAACUCAUAGCCUCAUUGUGGUACAUACUCUGGAGGUACAAGGACUUCAGUAUGAUGCCAGUCUACAGAAUAGAACCUCAUUGUACCACAGGUAUUUAACCAAUACACUGCAGAGACUGCUCAGAAGCAGUUUCAGGAACACUGUUGCAGAAGAAAUCUAUAUUGGAUGUACCAUUUUACAAUACAGCCAAGGAAAUGAAAGCAUUAUAGCUUCCAUAAAAUUACAGUUCCGUGCUUCUAGCCACUUUCCUGGCAAUGAGGAAAUAGAAGAACUACUUAGACAGGGCCUGGCUUCUUUCUUAAGAGGUAACACCAUUCCAGUUCCCACAUUUGGAAAUAUCUCAGCUGUACUUACAGAUUACCAUGGGCAAUCCUUCUACUCCAUAGGCCUCAAGUCAGGAAGUUGCCCAGCACAAGUAUUUGCCUGCAAGAAUACACAGUGCAUUGUAAAGCAAAACCCCGAGUGUGAUAAUAUUCGAGACUGUAAAGACGGAUCAGAUGAAAAGAACUGCAAUUGCGGUACACGGCCUGCCAUGCAAAAAACCAACAGAAUAGUUGGUGGAUCAGAUGCUACCAAAGGAGAGUUUCCAUGGCAGGUCAGCCUAAGGGAGAACAACGAACACUUCUGCGGAGCAACUGUUAUUGGUGACAAGUGGCUGGUGUCUGCAGCUCAUUGCUUCAAUGACUUCCAGGACCCAGCAGUGUGGGUAGCUUACAUAGCAACUACCUCUCUGAGUGGCACAGACAGCAGCACAGUUAAGGCCACAAUUAGGAACAUCAUCAAGCACCCUUCUUAUGACCCAGACACAGCUGAUUAUGAUGUUGCUGUAUUGGAACUGGAUUCCCCACUCAAGUUCAACAAGUACACUCAACCAGUUUGCCUCCCAGACCCAACUCAUGUAUUUCCAGUCGGCAAGAAAUGUAUUAUAACUGGAUGGGGCUACCUUAAGGAGGACAACUUGGUGAAGCCUGAAGUUCUACAAAAGGCAACUGUUGCCAUCAUGGACCAAUCUUUGUGCAAUAGUCUCUAUAGCAAUGUGGUGACAGAAAGGAUGCUGUGUGCUGGUUACUUGGAGGGAAAGAUUGAUUCCUGCCAGGGUGAUUCUGGUGGUCCAUUGGUGUGUGAGGAGCCAUCUGGAAAGUUUUUCUUGGCAGGAAUAGUGAGCUGGGGUGUAGGCUGCGCAGAGGCCAGGAGGCCUGGUGUUUAUGUGAGAGUAAGCAAGAUCAGAAACUGGAUUCUGGAUAUAAUUUCUUCAUCUGUUGCUGCAGAUCCACAAACAAGCUUUACUACUACCACCACUACCACUACUGGUGGACGAAAAACAACUAAUGCAAAAACCACCACUGCCCGACCAUUUACCAAGCAUUCAACUACCAGAGCCAAACCAGCGAGCAGCACUUUACCUUCUAAACCUACACAAAAGCCUUUCAGCACUAUCAAGCCUCAAGAAUGUGGCAGUCGUCCUGGUCUUACUAAACCCAACAAAAUAGUGGGGGGACUAGAUGCUGUCAGAGGAGAGAUUCCAUGGCAAGCAAGCCUAAAAGAGGGCUCACGGCAUUUCUGUGGGGCCACAAUAAUUGGGGACCGGUGGCUGGUGUCUGCUGCUCACUGCUUUAACCAAACAAAAGUAGACCAAGUCACAGCUCAUAUGGGAUCCACAGCACUAAGUGGCGCCGACACCAUAGCUAUAAAGAUCAGCUUGAAGAGGGUAAUCCAGCAUCCUCACUUUAAUCCAUUGACUUUGGACUUCGAUGUGGCUGUGCUGGAACUGGCUAGCUCAUUAACUUUCAAUAAGUAUGUUCAGCCUGUUUGCCUUCCCUCUGCCCUGCAGAAGUUUCCAGCUGGUUGGAAGUGCAUGAUAUCUGGAUGGGGAAACAUAAAAGAAGGCAAUGUGUCUAAACCUGAGGUCCUACAAAAGGCCUCGGUGGGAAUAAUUGACCAGAAAAUAUGCAGUGUCCUUUACAACUUUUCCAUCACUGAGAGGAUGAUUUGUGCAGGAUUUCUGGAUGGAAAAGUGGAUUCUUGUCAGGGUGACUCUGGGGGUCCUUUGGCAUGUGAGGAAAGUCCAGGAAUAUUCUUUUUGGCUGGUAUUGUAAGCUGGGGUAUUGGAUGUGCUCAGGCAAAAAAACCUGGAGUUUACAGUCGAGUCACUAAACUUAAGGACUGGAUUUUGGACACAGUAGCUCCUGUCUUGAGGACAACAGACAGUGGAAUGAAUCUUCCUAGAUCAUCCCCCCUACCUAUUUCUACAACAAGACCAUCUACUUUUCAGCCAGCAACCUCCAAUGGCCGAAGAACAACAACUUUAACAAGGCCUACUAUGUCUCAAACAAAAAGCACAAGGAGCACACCCAGGUCCACCACAAAAUAUACUAGCAAAAGAACAACUACUGCCAAGACCAGCCCAACAGCAUUACGAAUUACAGAGCCUGCCAGAUCCACACAAAGACCAGUGCCAUGUUCUGCCUCCACCUAUAAAUGCUCCAACAGGGUCUGCAUUAGUAAACCCAAUCCUGAGUGUGAUGGAAUCCAAGACUGCAAUAAUGGGUCUGAUGAGCAGAACUGUGAUUGUGGCUUUGCACCUGUACUACCAUUUAACAAGAUAGUUGGUGGCAGUGGUUCUGUAAGGGGAGAAUGGCCAUGGCAAGUCAGCCUUUGGCUACGGAGGAAGGAGCAUAAGUGUGGAGCAGUUCUGAUUUCUGACCGUUGGCUACUUUCUGCUGCUCACUGCUUUGACAUUUACAGUGACCCUAAGCUAUGGGCAGCAUAUCUAGGUACUCCAUUUCUAAAUGGAGUAGAGGGGAGAGUAGAGAAGAUCUUCCGAAUUCACAAGCAUCCAUUCUACAAUGUCUAUACACUGGAUAAUGAUGUUGCCCUUUUGGAAUUACCUUCACCACUUACUUACACAAACCUCAUUAGGCCUAUAUGCCUUCCAGACAUCAGUCAUAUCUUCCCAGAGGGAACUAGAUGUUUCAUCACAGGCUGGGGGUCUACCAAGGAAGGAGGUGCAAUGUCAAGACAACUUCAAAAAGCCUCUGUCAGCAUUGUUGGAGACCAGACCUGCAAAAAAUUCUACCCCAUUCAGAUUAGUCCCAGAAUGUUGUGUGCUGGUUUUAUGCAAGGUGGCGUGGACAGUUGUUCUGGUGAUGCUGGGGGACCCUUGGCAUGUAGGGAGCCAUCUGGUCGGUGGUUUCUAGCAGGAAUAACCAGCUGGGGUUAUGGUUGUGCAAGGCCUUAUUUCCCAGGAGUUUACACUCGGAUAACAUCUGUCCGCAACUGGAUUGGACAGAAUCUACGGUUAUGAAGAUUCUGACUCAGGGUGUGGCACAGAUGGGCAGCCACUUGGAAAUAGCUGGUGGGACAAACUUGAAGGGCCAUAUUUACCACCUGGUUACAUCAAACAUAUGCAAUUAACCCAAAAGACAUUUUACUGCCCAUAUUGCUUUAUUCACUUGUAUGCUUUCAAAGCAGAACAUUUAGAGUAUAUUUUCUAUAAAUAAAGGUGACCUGUUAUUAUGACAACGUA